AUCUGCAUUCGUAAAUAAUGGUUACAUCAUCAGUGUUGAAUUUCUAAGAAUUUUUAUAAUUAGCCCCUCCACCUAGCCAUGACCUCGAAAUCAAAAUUCAUUUGAUUCAAAAUAGUGUACGAGUACGAAAAUAACUGAAAUAAGCUAAACAGCUAGAUUGCCGUGAAUUUAUAGAUUUUCGUUUCUUCAGUUUUUCAGAAUAUGGUGGCUCCCAUUGUAAAUCCUGAAAUUCCUUACAAUGGAGAGAUACCUGGAGGACUGCAAGCUGGAAAAAUGUGUAGAAUCCAGGGGGUGACUCUCCCUGAAGCUGACAGAUUCAACAUCAAUUUGCAAGUGGGCCCAAACAGCAGCCCCAGAGAUGACACUGCUUUGCACAUUUCUGUUCGUCUCAAUCAGGGUUACAUUGCCAGAAACUCUUUCAGCAAUGGAGAAUGGGGUGAUGAACAAGGUGAUGGUGAAUUGCCCAUAGGCAAUGCUCAGUCAUGGGAAAUGAUCAUUUUGGUAGAUCACAAAGACUACAAGGUGGCAGUCAAUGGUCAACACUUUUGUGAAUUCCCACACCGCAUUCCUUUCAGUCAGGUCAAUCAGCUGCUCAUAGAUGGUGAAGUUUCUGUUACCCUCAUAUCCUGGGAAGGCAUCAUGGGGGUGUCAGGCUCAGAAAGCCAGUCUAGGGCUUCCCAAGUCAAUGCAGAGGGGCCUCAAGGCUAUGGGGCGCCGCCGCAAGCUUAUGGGGGGCCUCAGCAAGGGUACGGGGCUCCCGCCGGCGGUUAUGGGAUGCCCCCGCAAGGCUAUGGGCCACCGGUACCCCCUGGGGCAAAUCCUGAAAGCGGUUUUGACAGCUUUUUGGAUUCGGCACAGAAUAUGCUGGCUGGAGCUAUCAAAAGUGGGGCUGCCGAGAAGCUUUUGGGCGGGCUCUUAUCUUCCGGUGGCAACCAGCAAGGGCAGCAAGGAUAUGCCCAUCAAAACGCUAAAUAUGGAAUCUACCCAGAUCUUCCGAAAGACCUCGAUCCCAACUACCAAGACAAAAAACAAGCUCCCGGGCCGGUAGAAAGCCUCUUGUCAGGCCUACUGUCAGGCGGCAACAAACAACCAUCACAACCUGGCGCCCAACAACAAACCACCCAACAACAAAACGUAAAUUUCGGAGCAUUACUGUCCGGUCUUCUAAGCGGAAACCAACAACCCCAACAACCCGAUGUGGUACCGCCAACACGACGCAAUACUCAACAAAACGUACCUGCGAACUCCCAAAACCAAGGAGUAGACUUCGGGUCCUUACUGGGAGGCCUAUUAUCAGGUGGUACCCAACAACAAGGACAGGUACCACCUCCACAACAAGGCGGUACACAACAAAACUUACCUGGAAACACACAACAGCAAAGAGUAGACUUCGGGUCCCUGCUAGGCGGUUUAUUAUCAGGUGGUACCCAACAACCAGGACAGGUACCGCCCCAACAAGGACAGGUACCGCCCCAACAACAAGGUGGUACCCAACAAAACAUACCUGGAAACGUACAACAACAAGGAGUUGACUUCGGGUCCUUGCUGGGAGGUCUCCUAUCAGGCGGUACCCAACAACAAGGACAGGUACCGCCCCAACAACAAGGCGGUACCCAACAAAACGUACCUGGAAACGCACAGCACCAAGGAGUAGACUUCGGGUCCCUGCUGGGAGGCCUGUUAUCAGGUGGUACUCAACAACAAGGGCAGGUACCGCCCCAACAACAAGGACAGGUACCGCCUCCACAACAAAGCGGUACCCAGCAGAACCAAGGAGAUAUCGGAUCGUUCCUGUCCGGUCUGUUGUCCAAUGGAAACCAACAACAGCCAGGGCAGGUACCAUCAUCGCAUGGUACUACUCAGCAAACGGCGCCUGCCGGCCAGCAUUCUCAAGGCGUGGACUUGGGCUCUCUGCUAGGAGGCUUGUUGGGUCCCAGUCAACAAAAACAACCUGGGCAAGCGCCUGGUACCCAAGGUACUACGCAGCAACAUAAUGUCGAUGUGGGCGCUCUUUUGACGGGAUUGAUGUCGCAUAUCCAGACUAGGCCCAUACAAGAAACCAAUCCGAGUGUAGCACCGACGGUACCGCAGAAUCAACAUUCUCAAGGUCAAGGCCAAGGUCAAGGUGGGGGGUUCGACUUGAAUUCGCUGUUGAACGGGCUUCUGUCGGGUGGGGGGCAAGGGAAUAGAGCUCCGGGUGCUCCGGGAGGUCAACAGGUGCCCUUGAGCGGAGGUCAAGCGCAGACAGGUGGUUAUCCUAAUGCAACAGGUGGGAUGCAACAGGGUACUGGUGGUGGUCAAGUACCCCCUGGGGGGAAUAGGGAAGCACCGAAAAUGAGCCAAGGGGAUUACGAGGAUGUUACGGAUCAGUUGGCCCAACUGAUUGCACGAGAAGGUGGAAAAAAAGUUUGAGGGUUUUGAUUAUUUAUUCUUGGUUUCUUGUUCACCAUAGAUUACUAUUUGCACUACAGUAUUUUUUCUAGGGUGAUACAUUAUAAUGAUAGAAAAAUUUGACGGUGGAUUUCUUGCGAAGAAAUGAAAAAAAAAACCAUAGACAACUGCUUUUCAAAGACCCAUAUUUUUCGAGAUACAGGGUAUUUAGUAAAAUAAUCAACUUCUUCAACAGUCCGCCCCACAUAAUGAAAUUCAUUCAGCUUUCGGUUUGAUUUGACACAACAAUUUGAGUAAAUGAGUAAACAAAAUAAUUCAGCUUUUAUGUUCCUAUUCUCUUGAUUUGUAAAAAAAGAAGUAAUUAAAUUAGUUCGAAUUGCUCAAUCGAAUGAAGAUAUUUCAUCUAC